GAUUAGAGAUGAAGGAGAGAUUAGCACAGGCAGGAGAGUUGAAGCAGUUUUCUCCAUUUCCAUUGGUGAGUCAAUGUGAAGACAGAGCAACUACAGAGACAUCAGGAAAUCAUUCAGUCAUCCUCAGGAUGUCCAAUUCAGGUAUUUUCUCCCUUGUAUUCAGCAAGUUACCAGUUUCAAGAUCCUGUUCAUUCCUCUGAAGCAGAUUUCUACUGCAUGCCUUGGAUCCAUGCUCCUAAUCAGCUUACAAGCUUCCCUUGACCUACGCUUCCUUUCCUAAUGCACGUCUGACUAUGGCUGUCCUCAAAGUCAAAUUCACCAAAACCAAGAGGGACAAGCUGGCUCAGAUCUUAUGGAUCCUCAACUGGGUUUCUGUAGUGAGUGGGAUCAUUCUCUUCAGUCUUGGCCUCUUUCUGAAAAUAGAGAUCAAGAAGCGCAAUGAAGUGAUGGCAAAAGGGGACAUUAACUCUGUCCCCAACAUGCUGAUCUCUGUAGGGGUCAUAGCAUGUAUCAUCAAUUUUCUGGGUGGCAAAAUCUGCUAUGACUGCUCAGAUGCAAACAAGUUCUCCCGAUGGAAACUAGUAAUGCUGCCAUACAUCGUAUGUACCUUUUGUUUUACCUUCUGCAUCCUGGUGGGUGCUCUCAUGUGCUACACCAUGAGGAACGAGCUGGAAGAGUCUCUCUAUCUGGGACUGAGGGAUGCUAUUAAGUUCUAUAAAGACACAGACAUACCUGGGCGGUGUUUCUUAAAGAAAACAGUGGAUUUGUUACAAAUUGGAUUCCGUUGCUGUGGAAACAAUGGCUUUAGAGACUGGUUUGAAAUUCAAUGGGUAUCUCCUCGUUAUCUGAAUAUGGCUUCCAAGGAGGUUUUGGACCGUCUGAAGAGCAACGUUGAUGGGAAGUUCUUGGUGGAUGGAGUCCCCUUCAGUUGCUGCAACCCCAGCUCCCCACGGCCCUGCAUCCAGUACCAGCUGACAAACAACAGUGCUCACUACAACUACGAUUUCCUGACAGAGGAGCUCAAUAUCUGGAUGAAGGGGUGCAGAGAGGCCCUGCUGGAUUACUACACCAGUAUCAUGAGAUCCAUUGGCAUUGCAGCAUUACUUAUUUGGUUGUUCGAGCUCUCUGUACUGAUUGGUGUCCGGUACCUACAAACAGCCAUGAAGAAUGUCCUUCUGCUAGGAGAUCUGGAGGGUGAAUCAGAUGGUUGGUUACUAGAAAAUAGCUUUGUGGAAACUGCCAAAUACAACAUCAACAUCAUUAAGAACCUCGGUAAAGCCAAUCAGAUCUCCACUGUCUCAGGCAUGAACGACCCCAAUAUUAACGUUCCAAACACAGACUGUGACAAAACUAAUAUUACAACAAAAUCUAUCCCUGCAGCUAGGUAG